AUCACCCCCCGUCGGAGCACCGCCCGACCUCGUGACCUGACCAUCGCCGAAGAGUAACUUCACCCCUUCAGAUCUGCGCUCAGACCCUGCAAACCCUUCCGUUGGUGCGAAUUCUGUAAAUCUUCCUUCGGCAUCGUCGCCACACGUACAUCACCCCCAGCAACACCGGGCCGACACCACCGACGCCCCGAAGUGCACGCAAAUCUUCACCGGCGUGCUUCCAACGUUUUUCUUGAGAUCGGGGGUUCGCAGCAACCCUAACAAGCAGAGUCGAGGUGAACCGACAUGUCGCUCCUCACGAAAGAGCAGCGCGCCAUCUUCGAUGAGGCCGUGCGGGCGCACGCCCUCGAGAUUCUCAACGGCGGUGAGGAGGGCCUCACCUCCCCUAUCGGAUCUCCCAGCAAGCACCACCACCAGAGGCCCGGCAACAGGGUGAAGAAGGGGGAGAACAAGAUCUUGGCCGUGAUGGACGCCGAGGCGCACCCGUGCUUCGCGCUCGACGAGAACGACCCGAACUACGACAGCGCCGAGCUCAACGACUACGAGCUCCGCCAAACGAGGGUGGGGCCGCGCACGGACGUCAUCGUCGCGUACAAGAACGCCGUCACCGCCAUCAUCGAGGAGUACUUCCAGACGCACGACGCGAGGGAGACGCAGCGAGCGCUGGAUGAGACGAAUAAGCCCCUGUACCAGCACUUCUUCGUGAAGAAGCUCGUGACGAUGUCGAUGGACAGGGGCGAUCGUGAGAAGGAGGCCGCGGCGGUGCUCCUGUCCGCGCUCUACCCGCACCACGUCGACCCCGAGCAGCUGCAGCGGGGCUUCGAGCGGCUGCUGGAGAGCGUCGACGACCUCGCCAUCGACGUGCCCGCCGCCGCGGACGACCUCGCCAUGUUCAUCGCCCGCGCCACCGUGGACGACAUCCUGCCCCCUCGUUUCCUGCACACCAACCUCGAGGGCCUGCUCCCGGGGCUCAGGGUCGGGGAGAAGGCUGCGGAGACGAUCGACCUGGCGCACGGCCACCUCCACGCGCACCACGGCACGGAGCGAAUCCUGCGCGCCUGGGGGGACAGCGACCUGACCCCGCUGCAGCAGGCCAAGCACGCCAUCCAGGAGUGCCUCACCGAGUACGUCAGCUCUGGCGACGUCAACGAGGCCAGAAGGUGCCUCAGGUCGCUGCACAUGAACUACUUCCACCACGAGUUUGUGAAGCGCGCGCUCGUGCUGUGCAUCGAGGCUCCAGAGGGGCACGAGACUGCGCCCAGGCUCCUCGGCCUGCUCAAGGUGCUCGGCAAGUCCGGCGAAGUGAGCGCCUCGCAGAUGAAGAUUGGAUUCGAUCGCAUGGACGUUGUGGUCGAGGAUCUCGUCCUGGACGUGCCAAAGGCUAAGACCAGGCUGGAAGGCUUGAGGCUCAUGGCGAAGGAGGAGGAGAUUCACCCGAUGAGGGAAUAGUCUUUCGUGCGAAAAAAACGCGCGACGGCAAUGUUGUAACAACAUCGAACGAAACGUCGACG